AUGGCCAAGCAACAACCAACCGCAACUCAGGAUAUCACAUUUUCAGAUUUCUGCACGUACCUCGACAAGAUUGCCUCCAGAAAGUCCAAGAAAGCCGGAGCUCGCAAGCAACCAGCCCAUGAUUCGUCCAAUCAGGCCGCGGAAGACUUCGAGGAAUGGGUCAAUCUUCAUUGGCCGGUUUCCAGAAACACAGGAAAAAUCAUCUUUCGCUUGCUCUUUCCCAAUCAAGACGUCAGGCGCACGUACGGGCUUAAAGAGGCCAAGCUGGGGAAAUAUUUGGGCACCCUUUUUUCAGUGCAAACCGGUCGUGGCAAGAGAGGCGAGGGACUGGUCGCAUGGAAUUCGACGACCGAAGAUCAAAACGGGCUCGAGACUGGAAGAGCCGGCUGCCUGGGAUUAGAACUCGAAAAGAUUCUCACAGAAGGGGGUCAUAAUAAGUAUGAAGUUUUGAAACUGUCGGAUGUGGACCAGUUUCUUGACGAAUUAGCCGCAAAAUCCCCUUGGUCCAAUCUUGGCAAAGGUCCUGCUCGCCCACCUCCAAGACCUGACACGGAUAUCCUGCAUAAUCUCUAUAUCCCGUUAUCCGCACGACAAGCUGCGUAUAUGACCCAGAUCAUUCUGAAAGACCUGCGCCCUCUACUCUAUCCAAUACCUUCUCUUUCGGUGUAUAGAUCUCUCACGGAUUACGAUAGCACAGCCUUCAAGGAAAUCAGUCCGUACUGUAUGAUGAAAGCCUGGCAUUGGGCUAUGCCAACUAUUUACCGAGCCAAGGCAGAUUUCGAUGUGGCGGCCGAUUUAUGCGAACAAAUUCCAAGAGAUAAAACGCAGCUUUCAACUCGCACAAAGGAACUACUCCGAAGAUUUGCCAAACCUAAACUGGGCACAUGCGUCAAUAUCCCCAAAUGCGUCAAAGCUUCCGGGCCCUGCCUUGCAGCCCCGCUAUCUAAGUUGACAGAUCAAGUCUGGGCUGAAACAAAAAUGGAUGGAGAGCGAAUGCAAAUUCACAUUGAUACAUCGAAGCCAAAAACGGAGCAAAUUCAGAUCUUUAGUAAGAGCCAUCGGGAUAGUACCAGUGAAAGAGCACCUACGCAUGACUUGAUUCGAGCAACUCUUGGGCUUCAUUCAAAAACCACACCAGAAUCCUUGGGGUCACUUUCGCGUCCAAAGACACACGAACAAAUCAAAUCAGGUAUAUUUGAGGCCGAGAUGGUCGCGUGGAACAUGGAUCAGGGUCAAGUUGACGAAUUUUGGCGAAUAAGGGAGCUGAAAAAAAAACCUGGACAAGUUGACGAUAACGAAAUUGACAACCGACCCACUACUCCGUCCACGGACAGCCAGGACGACACGAAUAGCCAACAUCUCUCUGACCGCGCAUCUCGUCACCUUGCAUUAUGUUUUUUUGAUGUACUUUACCUGAAUGGUGAAAGUCUUCUUGAAAGUCCAUAUAACCAGCGAAGGCGUACCUUGGAAACGUGCAUUCAUGUGAUUCCACACUUUAGCAUGCUAGUGGAUAGGAAAUCGUUUGACAUGAGUCGUGAGUCCGGCAAGGAAGCACUGCGCCAACAUUAUGCCAGAGUGAUAGCCGAGCGCCAUGAAGGAUUAAUCCUCAAGACAGCUGCGUCGGUAUACAACGACUCUAGAAGUGAACACAAGUGGCUCAAAGUGAAAAAAGACUAUAUAGCUGGCUAUGGAGACACAGCCGAUUAUGCAAUUAUUGGAGCUGCCUGGGAUCAAAACAGGGGACGGGAACUGGGGGUACCCACUUCAACAUAUACAUCGUGGUACAUCGGGAUGUGUGACAACACUCUUGACAUCGAAAGAACGCCCGGUACCCGCCCACAUUUCCGCCUGAUUUUCACGUUUCUUUCGUAUGGGUUCACACGUCAGCAACUUGAAAGGGCUAACCGAAUCGCCCAAGACGCCGGUGGCGAGACUCCCGAUAUAUCUGAAGCAAGGCAGGACUGGCCUUUCACCUUUGAAGUGGCCCGGGACUUAAAAAAGCCUGCCGUCAUAUUUAAAAAACCCCUUGUCUUUGAAUUAAUGGGCUCUGGUUUUACUAAGCGCUCUAGAAAACAUGAGUAUGAACUGAGAUGGCCCCGAAUCACAAAGAUGCACGACCCGGGGGAGCGAGAUUGGACCGACGCUGUUGAUCUUGAAACACACGACGAGAUGGCCCAGAGGGCGACCGAUCCCAAGCUCUUGAACAUUGCCGACCUCAUCUCGGGUGGCAGUCAGCAGGCAGCAGAAAAUGGUUUCCAAGCUGAGGUGGACAAGUGGAGUGAAAAGUUAAAGACGGGUGAUCUGAAUUGGCGUUCAAGAGGUCGAAACUUGCCAUCCGACUUGUCUGAGACCUCCGCCCGAGUCAUCGCUCACAAGCCAGCUAAAUUUCCUCAUCCGAACUUCGACUCACCAAUUUCUAAAGGCAAAAAAUCCUCCAAAUCCGAUCAGCAAACAGAAGGCACCUCUCGCAAAUCUAGAGUCCUCAGCACACCUGACGAUACCGCAAUUGUCGCCGACGUUGAACCAACAAUCCGCUCCAAAUCGUCAACAUCAAAAGAGGUCCAAGCGGGCGUUCAAAGUAGUCCACAAGCUGAGCUGACACUUUUCAGUGGCAUUGAAUCGAUUAUGACAUCUUUAAAGCGAAAGGCCUCUGGAUCUGAAAUAGACAAAGGCACUUCAGCGGCUCCCCAGAUGGUGUUGGACUCCGAACAUGGCGCAGAAUCGAAAACCAAGCGCCGGAAGACUUCGGAUCAAAAGCCCCAUCCUGAAGUUUUUCCAGAGAGGGCUACUCUCGUGACCGCCCCCAAGGAAAAAUCCGCACUCCCGAAAUUCGCCAGCCCAAAGGACACACCCACCUCCCGGAAACGUCCAAUUCCUAGGAAAAGUUUAGAAACACCGCCCGCCAAAAGGUCAUCUACUCUAACACGAGUGCAGUCGUCAACUAGUUCAAUCACUGGUUCGGUGGCACCCGAGAUGCGCAAUUACUUUGCGAAUGAUUUACUCGAUAUUGAAAAAGAGGCAAUGUCCUCACCUUUGAACCCUAUCAAGGACCCGCCCGCAGGCAAAACCAGCAUCCCAAAUAUAACUAGCUCCGCCAACUUAACUUCCGGGCUGAUAGCGAGCUCUUCGAUCUCAGUACAACUUAAUCAGCCGGUUACUGAUCCACCUCCGCAAGACCGAUCCACUACGCCGCCCGUUCAAAAAAGCAGACCCGGGCCAUUAGCCUCAGUAACACAUGGCAUUCGAGACAUUGAGGCAAGCACCAGCGCAAGUAGCGGAAAUCCAGGCCUCGAGAUUGCUAAUGCAAAGAGUUCUGCCCCUCCUUGGCAUCAGAAAUCUGAUGUACAAUGGUGCCUAGUCCAUGAUGAGCAGACCUAUGGUAUCCAGGGUACCAAAUUUGGUUCGGUGAGCCAGCUGUUACAAUCAUUGGAAAUCAACCAAAAGGAGUUCGACCACAAACCGCAAACCGAUUCUGCAAGCUACAUCUUCAUCGAAAAUCCAACACCAGAAAGCCUGUGUCGGGUCCAAAAACAAGUCCUCUUCCGAUCGCUGUCCAAUCCUAGUAUAGGUGUCGUUGGUUAUGAUGCUAAGGUUUUGAAACUCCCUCAAUCUCAUCGCGAUGCUUGGAAAACAUUCGAAUUGUUCAGGUUUGAUCCUUGCGUUCAAGAGCUUGAAGAUAGUGGCAAACCAAACGAACAAAAGAACUAG